UGUGGUAACACGUGAGAAUUGUCAAUAACCUAAAAAAAUUUAUAAAUAAAUUGAUUAUUUAAAAAUUUUUCAUAAACUUUAGUUAAAAAAUGAGUAAACAGUACGAUUUAAUAAAAACAAUUGCUGAUGAUGAAGAGGUUCAGAAUUUUUCAGAAAAUUCUGAUGAAGAAGAUGAUUUUCAGCCAAGAAAACAGAAAAAAAAAGAAAAUAAAGAUUUUGAUAACAACUUUGAAUUUAUAUCUGAUGCAUCGGAGUACAAUCAAGAUACUUGGAAUGAUUUGAGUAAAUAUAUAAAAAGGAAGGCAAAAACGCAGCUUGAUGAUAAAAUUAAACGAUUUCGUAAAGACACAGAUUUUAAUGAUGAAAUAAAACUUGAAGAAAAUGAGGAAGAUAAUGGAAUUUAUCUGUCAGAUGAAGAUUUGAAAAAAGACGUAUUUAAAACAAAGGAAAAGAAAGGCAAGAAAAAAAAUGAUAAAGAGGAACUCAUGGACUUUGAAGAAAGUGCUCAAGCAGAUAAUUUUGCUACUUUUCAUCAAAUGAAUUUGUCACGACCGCUAUUGAAAGCCGUUACUGCUAUGAAUUUUGUUCAUCCAACACCUAUUCAAGCUGCUACAAUUCCUGUAGCUUUAAUGGGAAGAGAUAUUUGUGGUUGUGCUGCUACUGGAACAGGUAAAACGGCAGCUUAUAUGCUUCCAACUUUGGAGAGAUUACUUUAUAGGCCUGUGGACGGUCCAGCAAUAACAAGAGUUUUAGUCUUGGUACCAACUCGAGAAUUAGGAGUCCAAGUGUAUCAAGUAGCAAGGCAAUUAAGUCAAUCUACAACUGUAGAAAUAGGAUUAUCAGUUGGAGGUCUUGAUUUAAAAGUUCAAGAAAAUGUUUUGAGAAAGAAUCCAGAUAUUGUAAUUGCAACUCCUGGACGUUUAAUUGAUCAUAUUGCGAAUACUCCAACUUUCUCGCUUGAUAAUAUUGAAGUGUUGAUAUUAGACGAAGCAGAUCGGAUGUUGGAUGAAUAUUUUGCUGAACAGAUGAAGCAUAUUGUUAAGCAGUGUUCUAGAAGCCGUCAAACAAUCUUAUUUUCUGCUACAAUGACGGAAGAAGUUAAAGAUUUAGCAGCAGUUUCUCUUGACAAACCUGUCAAAGUGUUUGUUGAUAGUAACCAAGAAGUUGCUUUCACUUUACGUCAAGAGUUUAUAAGAAUUAGGAAAGAGCAUGAAGGAGAUCGAGAAGCUGUUUUAGCUGCAUUAAUUUGUCGAACUUUUCAUGACCAUACAAUGGUUUUUGUACAAACUAAAAAACAAGCUCAUAGACUUCACAUUUUAUUAGGUUUGUUAGGAGUUAAAGUUGGAGAAUUACAUGGUAAUUUAACUCAGCCUCAACGUUUGGAAAAUUUACGAAAGUUUAAAGAUGAAGAAAUCGAUGUAUUGUUAGCAACAGAUGUAGCUGCUAGAGGUUUAGAUAUUAGUGGAGUUAAGACUGUGAUAAACUUUGUCAUGCCGCCUACGCUUCAGCAUUACAUUCAUCGAGUUGGUCGUACAGCUCGUGCAGGUCGUGUUGGAGUAUCCGUGUCGCUUGCUGGUGAACAAGAACGUUCAUUAGUGAAACAGAUUAUUAAGAAUGCUAAAAAUCCAGUCAAAAAUAGGAUUAUUCCUCCAGAUAUAAUCGCAAAGUAUACUAAUAAACUACAAGCACUUGAAGAGGAUGUAGAGAAAAUUUUGCAAGAAGAGAAAAGUGAGAAAGAGCUUGCAAAAGUUGAAAAUCAAGCGAAUCGGGUUGAAAAAAUAUUAAAAGAAGCAGACGAUAAGGACAAUAGGAGUUGGUUUCAGACGAAUAAAGAAAGAAAAUUAGAAAAAGCAAGUUUAAAACUGAGCGAGAAGCCGAAAAAGUUAAAGAAGAACAAUGGUUUGCCUAGUAAUUUAGUUGAAGAAAAAUCGAAAAAGGGUAAAAAGAAAAAAGCACCCGAAAUCGAUCCAGCUGAAGAAAGAGCAAUGAAAGAGUUAGAAAAAGUAGCAGCUUAUCAAGCUCGGUUUAUAAAGAGGAAAAAUAAAUUGAAGAAAAUUCGAACUGUUGUUGAAGACAAAGAUAAACGAUCAUUUAAUCAAAAAGGAUCUUCUAAACGUGCAAAAUCUUCGUUUGCUGCUGAUCUUACUGAUGUCAGUAAAAAGGGAGUGAAGAAGUUACGAUAUGAAGCAAACGUAAAACAAAAGCAAAAAUUUGGAAAAUCAUCAAAGAAACCAAAACCCGGUCAAAAAACAUCUCAAAAACACAAAAGAAAAUAAAAAAUAAACAUCUUAAUUGUAAAUGGUUGUAAUCAUAUUAUCAAAUAGAUUUUUUUACUCAUCUAAA